AUGAAGAGUCUCUCGACCUCGGCUGCCGUGGCCGCCGUCGCUCUGCCGGCGCUCGCCGCUGCCCAGCCGUUCUGGAACGGGGCGCCCGCCUGUGUGAAAUCCUGCCUCUCGUCGGCCUACUCGUCGUCGUCGUCGUUCCCUUCGCCCUCGGCCUUUUGUGCCACCGCCGGUUUCCCCCCCGUCGCCAGCUGCCUCAGCGCCAGCUGCGGCGCCACCGCCACGGCCGCCGCCGUCUCCACCUUCUCGUCCGUAUCGUCGGCUCUCUGCAGCCUCUACUCCACGUGCGAGGCCGCUGGCAGCACGGGUGUUGUGACGAUCACGGCCACGGCGGGCCACGACGGCUAUGGGUUUGGCGGGCCCGGUCCCUUUGGCGGCGGACCGGGCGGGCCCUUUGCGUCGGGCUCGCACUGGCCAGCAAGUGGUGCCACCACGACCUUUACGGCCACGGGCUGUCCGUGGGCGACGGAUGGCUGGUGGGGCAACGGAGGACCCGGCGGCAAUGGCGGCAAUGGCGGCAAUGGAAAUGGAAAUGGAAACGGAAAUGGAGGCGACGAUGGCUGGGGCGGCAACGGCUGGGGCGGUGGCGGCGUCUGGGGCGGCGGCGGCGGGUUCUGGGGCAGCUCGCAGAACGGCUGGGCGUACCGCACGGCGGCUACUACCGUGACCACGACGUUUACGAGCGCCGGCGGCGUGGUGGUGACGGCGACGGGCGUGGCCACGGUCGAGGAGGCCGCGUCGGGCGGGCUGACGAGCACGACGACGUUUUUCAACUCGGAGGUGACGAGCAGCGGCAAUAACGGCAACAGCGGCAGCACGUCGAGCGGCGCCGGCCCGGCACGGGCUCUGGCCGUCGGCGGUCUGGGCAGCGGUUCUGGCGAGGGCUGGGCGACCGUCAAGUUCAUGGGCCUGGUCCUGGGGACGAUGCUGGUGGCGGUUGGUAUGCUGUAA